UUUCCCAUCAGCUGAAAAGGCGGUGAGAGCAAACGCUCGCUCGCUCGCUCGCUCGCUCUCUCUCACUUAUUGAUGAUUUUCACGAUCCCAUGCUUUUUCCACCAGACACACACACAUGCGUAUACGCACAGAGGGUUGCAAAUCAUCAGGCCCGACGGACGGACUGACUCUGGUUCCAAUCUGUCGCACAUGCGUUUUGUCGUUCGCAGCGUUCGGACGUGUUGUGCUGCCGUGCCGCGAGCGACAUUCAGAGACCCACAGCGAAAACAUCGCCGCAGAAUACAUCGAUCCCGGGUGCCGUGUGCGUAUCUGUAAAUUCGUCGGCUUUGUGAGGAAAAUUCCUACCGAACCUCGAUAACAGUGCAAGUGCAGUGUGUAUCGUAAAGAAACAUGACCAAGUUAGGCAAGAGAACAGGUGUUUGUGUGUAACAUCAACGUGCAAUUGUUUUACCGAAAACUGGACACCAACAACCCAAAACAAACCUCAAAUGAUCCAGCCAAUAAAGUGAGUGCAGUGAUUGGAAGCAUAGAAAAUUUGGAAAAAUCGAUAAAGUGAAAAAAACAGUGCUUGAAGAUGCUGGAGUUUUAUCAUAAUCUCAACAUAAACACCGGUUUGCCGCCUGGAGCUUCGAAUGCGGACACUAGCUUAAAGGAUAAUAAUAACAUGCUCGACGGUACUGAACGGACAGAUAUCGUCGGUACAAUCAAGAGCGAAAAGACGCAGGAAAUAUGUGAAGGAUGCGGCCAGAAGAUAAAGGAUCGCUACUUCAUGAAGCUCUCCCCGGACCAGUUCUGGCACGAGCAGUGCCUUCUCUGCUGCAUCUGCCGCAUACAGCUAAACCAAACGUGCUACACGAAAAACACCAAGGUCUACUGCAAGGACGAUUACUAUCGAAUUUUCGGUGUGUCAUCCGUUAACCAGCAGCACCAGCACCUAAAUGGUCGUACCGAGCGGGACUGUUACGGUUGUGGCGAACGAAUCGCGCCGAGCGAACUCGUAAUGCGAGCCAAACAUCUCGUCUACCAUCUGCACUGCUUUCUGUGCUACACCUGCAACCGGCCACUCCAGAAGGGCGAACCAUUCUCACUCCGUGCCGGCAAGCUCAUCUGUCAGCACGAUCUGGAGAAAGAUUUCUACGGUUCCGCGGCAGCAGCAGCAGCAGCGGCGGCCGCCAUGCACCAUCAUCAUGGAGCAGCGGCGGGACUCCCGCACCCAUCGCAUCUUGCCCCAGCCGCACACCUGUACGGGGACGGUGAUGACUAUCUGCUUGACGAUGGACUCCGGACACGGGAUGGGCGCCGUGGACCGAAGCGACCACGCACCAUCCUUACCUCGGCCCAACGGCGCCAAUUUAAGGCUUCGUUCGAUGUGUCGCCGAAACCGUGCCGAAAGGUGCGGGAAGCACUGGCCAAAGAUACCGGCCUGUCGGUGCGAGUCGUUCAGGUGUGGUUCCAGAACCAGCGAGCUAAGAUGAAAAAGAUUUCACGUAAAUCGAAGGCCAAUGCGAACGGGGCGGAUGGCGAGAAGAACCAUUCCGAUAAGGAGGACAAAUCGAUCAAGCUGGAGUCGCCGAGCAGCGAUCACAGCCAUUACCUGGGGUUGGACAGUUCGUACAGCUCCUCGAGCCAACCGUUGAAUCCAAACCUUCCUUACUCGCCUGAUUUUCCCGACAACUCCGAUGCCAGCCUGUGCAGUUCGGACAUUUCGCUCGACGAAAGCUUCGACAACGUGGACGAGGCGACCUCCGACACGAUGUCGCUCCAAAACCUAGACCUGCAACCUAACCUUACCGGCAGCGGUGGUAAUAGCGGUGGACCACCGGGCCUUCACAAUGGUCAAUCGCAGCAUCAGCAACAGCAGCUAGUCAAUCACAACAACAACACGAUCGGCACGAUGAUGUCGAACAUGGCCGGUAGCAUUACGCACAUCGACAAGCUCUACCUGAUGCAGAACUCGUACUUCAACUCGACGCAGAUCGAACAGUGACCGGCACCGGAGUUGGUGCACCUGCCGCAUCCUGUAACCGAACCGCACUAGUCAAUCAUCAAAUUCCCGGCAAUGAUCGCGGGACGUCCCUUGAACCAUUAAUUUAUGAGAUUGGUAGUUUUUAGUAAUUUAUUGUUGUUACGAAAAGCUUCAGUUUUCCCUUUCCCGCGUGGGAUUGCACUACCACCAGCCGACGACAGAUUUAGCGAGCCAAUUCACAGCAUAGUCUGAGGUCGGGGCAGAGCACCUAAAGCUGAGCAAUUGUGAAGAAAUGUAUAGAAAAAAAAACACAGACACACAGAACUAUUCAAAACCGUCCUA